AAUCAUUAUUACGGUGCCAUAAAAAAUAUCGACUACAACCGGUGUGUUGUCAGAACCGUGUCCCGUGUCCCGUCUUCCGUCUUGUCUCUUCUUGGAAUGGCAUAUGGUUCUUACAAUUCUUCCAAGAGAUAGAUUACCCCGUGAAAGUCUUGACUAGUGCCGCAAGCAACGAGACAAAGGAAGCCAAACUCGAACAAUACUUACCGACUACACACGAAACAGAAGUUCGUUGCAAGAAGUACGAGUACCGGUAGCUCGUACGCACUGUACACCAUCGCUCAACGAYGGGCGUGAUCGACUUGCACGAAUCGACACGGAUCRAAACACGAAACACGCAACACGCGGCACACCUCCCGAUGCCRAGCAAAACCCAUUGGCCUUGGCGAUCCCCGUCCCACGGGGGGAUGUACCUGCGAAGGAAUCCCAACAAGACGAAGAGCGCCGUCCUCGGAAGGGAGGAUCCACGACCGCGGCGGCGAAAACGCCCGCUGGCAACCGCCUGGUGCUUCUCCCUCCUUCUCGUUGUGCACGCGAGCCACACCCAAAACCUGGCGCUGGGACAGCGGGACAACGAGAAUGCCCAUGGCAAUGGCAACGCCAAUGGAAAUGCGGCCCACCACAAUCCUCCCCAGUGCCGGCCGCCCGAAGCAACCAGRUACGACUGGGAACGCCUCAACUACUACGAGAUUCUGGGCCUGGCGGCGGACGGAAGCAGUAUCGGCGACAAGAAGAAAAAGAAGAAGCGAAAAAAGACUGGCGGCGAAGAGGGAGGGGAAGGGACAGGCAGCAAAAACAGUGCUCUCGAGGGYGUUAGCAACAAGGAAAUCCGAAAGGCUUAUCGAAAGCAAGCCCAGAAAUUUCACCCCGACAAGCAGGCUGCCAAGAAGAAAAAUGCUUUGUCGUCCAGCAGCGGCGGCGGCGGCACCAGCUCGGAAUCCAUCUCGGUGGAGGAAAGCAACGCUCGCUUUGCCAAGAUCGCGGAGGCCUACGAAUUCCUCACGGACGAGAACAAGCGGAAGGACUACGACCUAUUUCUCGAGUACUGCCAGAACACGCAGCUCGUGAAGGACCACGAGGCACAAGAGGUGGGACUGCUCGCGACCAUUCUCAAGAAACGAUUCGGGGGUCUCUUUGAGUUUGUCGCAACAAGGGAUCCCUUUUCGAUAUUCGAGGAGUUCUUUUUUGGGGAAAAAGACGACGAGGAAAACACCGACAGGGGCUACUUUGAUCCGAACGAUCCCUUUUCGCACCUGCGCUACACGAAGAGCAACCUGGGCAGGAACCGCCACCACGGGGGAUACGAACACCAAUACCAUCCGGAAGAAGAAGAAGACCCGGUGCGUGUGUUUAGCGACCAGCACACCAUGUACGAUCCCUCCACGGGGGAAAACGUCGUUCGCGUCCUCCAAACGGAGGAGUUUGCACCGCAAGGCGAAACCACCGCGUCGUCCCGGUCCUACCGGCAGAACCRUUCCUCGCCGCACCACGACACCGGGACCAGCCCCGGCUCCGGUGGUAACGGUCCUUCCGGUUCCUCGUUUUACUAUAGGAUCGUCGCGCAGGACUUUAAGGAGCGCUACGAUCCCUUCGCGGCCAGGGCGGUGUACGUUCCGAUCACGGAACCCUACCUGCAGGAAGACGGAUACCGGACCGAGAGCGCAAGCCCGCACCAUCGGGGCAGCGGCAGCGGAAGAGACCCGGGGGGUGCGUCGUCGAAGCGCUCGAACAUCGAAUCGUCGAUCCUGCACCCCUGGCAGGUCCUCACCCCGUCUUCCGAGCCGAUGGUCUCCCCCAACCAGAAGUACGUGGCGGGCCUAUCGCAGGACUGCGAGCUACUGGUCGUCCUCAACGACCACCACCUUGCGAGGGACGGUCGAUCCGGCCGGGGCGAACGGGAAAAGAUAUUGUGGAGCACCCAGCGGCCGUACGGAACCAACGGCUACGCGGCGGACCACUGCUUUGCGGUYCUCAAGGGUUCCCACCUGGUGGUUACGGUCGGAAAGCACCCCCACGACGCGAGCGGCAGCAGCAACGGCAACACCAACCGGAUCCUCUGGCACAGCGACGCCCGGAGCGACGACCACGACUCGAGGCACGGGUACUACGAGUACGAGGACGAAUUCGGCUUUUGGCACAAGCGGCAGCGGUCCUACCUGGCGCAGCUGGACAACGACGGGGCUCUGACCGUGUACUCGGUGUGGAACGUCYCCCUGGAGGAGCAGCACCAGAAGAAGCACCACCCGCACCUGCAGAAGCAGUUCUUCUCGUCUACCUUUUCGUUUCUGGGCCUGGACCGCAGUGGACGAGGACGCGGAAGCCACCACCACCAUUCUCCGAGGGACCUGGUCCUCCGGGCUUUCGUUGCCGCCGAGGAUCUGUGGCACGGCCGCAUCGACGCCAACCAGGAAUACGGCCACCUGUACUCCUCCGGGACCUCCAUCACCUACAAGCGCUGCACAUAUUCGACGUCCAGUCCCUUUGGCUGCUACCGCCUCGGUCGCAGGGUGACCCAGGUCGCCCUGGAGUGCUUCUGGAAGAUGCAGGCCGCCCUCUCGAGGAUCAACCACCUGGCGGACGCGUGGCUGGACCUGAUCUACGAGGAGGACGACCUUUUUUACGACCUGAAGGAGUCCAUCUGGAGGAACACGAACGCCUUUGGCAGCAAGGUGGCCGCCCUGCAGGCCCGGUGGGUCCGGAAGCUCCUGGAGACCUUCCGGGCGACCUUUUCGACGGUGUCGUCGUCGCGGUGAGGUGAGGUGAGGUGGCAGCGACGAGUGGGGUGCAACCAAAGGAGUGGAGUCCAAGUGGAAUCGAAACGGCGAAGCCGCGACUUUUUGGGGAUGAAUCGAAUCGAAUCGAAUCGAAUCGAAUCGAAUCGAAUCGAAGGAACUCGUAGGCUGGGAGGGUAACCUAUUUUUAUGCAGAGAGCGACGUUAUUUUGUCCGUGCCAACAUACGGGCAGUCGCCCUAGAACUAGCCUUGGAAUGAAAUAAAUCGGAAGAAGCCAAUCGAAUUGCUUGCACUUCGGCCUUUUAUUGGAACCAGCAGUAAUUUGGAACGAAUCGCGAUUAAUAAAUCUCUGGAACUUGAGCCAUGUUUUCGUGUAGGUGCUCUUUCGCCAUUCUGCAUUCGGUACGCAUUGCGUCUCGCGAAAAGCUAGACAAGCACGAGUAGUAGUUUUUGUAGCUAGUCUUACUAUCGACAAGGAUGUACCAAAGAAAGUUCGUACUGCGCUUUCUCUGGUUUUUCGGCARGUCUAGAGAUGACAAGAAAUAGAUGAUUCUCUUCCAA